CCGCUCCCGGUAGCUAAAGACGGCUAGCCUAGCAUCGGCGGAUCACAGGUCGGCGGUCACGGCAAAGCAUGAUGGGAUUUAAUUGUGCAGUUCUGGAUUGUGUCCGCUAGGUGGCGGAGUGCUGCAAGGAUAGAACGUGAAAGCAAGGAUCAGCAGGCAAGUCUGACAGUAUCUGUGGAUGUAUUCUCCCUCCCUCCCUCCAGGAACCCGCACAUGGAGUGAACACACCAUGCACACCUGUACAUACAUUUCAAUCUUGAUAGUACAGACUAUUCAGCUAGUGCAGAAGAUUUGCAGCAAAAUCCUUUAUUAAAUGUCAGUAUAAGGUCUGGUGAAGACAAACACAGGGGAUGGGUCAUUUUUUGUUGUUGUCUCAAACUGUUGCCCCUCCCUGCAGGUGCACGUCCUCCUCUGAGUGAUGAGCACCACGUUAAUGAGGCCAGUGAACACCUCCACGAGCUGGGGGGCGAGUGCUCCAUUUGUUUGUGGCUGGUGUGCUGUACCGGAGUGCAACUUCAACAUUUCGCCGGGCAGAAACCCGAGUUGGGCAGCAGUCAAUCAAUAGGGCAACUAAUGGAAAAUUGCUGUGGGCAGAUGGCGCGUCUUCAUCUGAAGGUGACACAUUCUCACACACGACAUUUCACAACAUUCACAUCGUGGGCCAGUCUAAUGAAGGGAUCCGUGGGUGUCCUAUUUGGAUUCAUUACGCACAAAUGAUAUAUUAAAAAUGCAGAUGCCCCCCCUCCCCUCCCCUCAAAAUAAAAUCAGAAUCAAAACCAAAACGUGUGCAGUGAUGCUGUUUCUGUCUCCGUGUUGCGGACUACAGGUGUACUCUUUGUUCUGGGCCGUGGACAGUCCGAACGCACCAUGUGCGUCGGGCGGAGUUGUCGCUCUUGUUCUCACAUGUGCUCCUCCCCAGCCUGCGCCGAUUGGAUUGAAAACUAGCCCGGCUACCACCACCACCGUGUGUGUGUGUGUGUGUGUGUGUGUGUGUGUCUGUGAAGAAACGCCCACCCAGACGACCGGGAAAGUCACUUCAAACUGAGGAACACGCUGCCUCUGCCCGCACACAGACGGGACGCGCCGCUCGCGCAUGGAGAAGGGACGCACCGUGCCGAAGACUCUUUUUUUUUUCUUAAAUAUCAAGACAGGUUGCGUCAGGCAUUAACUUCCCACGAUUGAGGCUGGCAUUUGUUUUACAUUUAGCGUGUGUGUGUGUGCGCGUGCGCGCCAUUUCAUCCUCAACUGGUGCACAGAUAAUCAAGACGUGCGUCGGAAACUGCUGAGUGCGCACACUUGGAUCCUUCGGAUGAACAGGUGGCGCACCGCCCCGGCUCCCUUAAUUUGUUAUUAGGGGCGAGACGCACACACACAGCCCCGGAUUUAACUGCGCCGUGCACGUUAAGAGUUUAAUACCUGCCUCUCAGGUGGGGUGAGAGUCGAUAUAUCUUUUUAUAUAGAGGAGGCACUCGGGCAGUGCGCAGCGGUGAUGCCUGUGGCGGACAGCGACAUGGUCGUGGACAACAGCCACGGGAUGUACGAGGGCCAGACCGCCGGGCACGAGGGCGCCCUGCCGGCCUCGCUGGGCAGCCCCGCGGCGGACAAACUCAAGAACUUCUACCACACCAAGCGCGUCGGGAACUACCUGAUCGGGAGGAAGCUGGGAGAGGGCUCGUUCGCCAAAGUCAGAGAGGGUCUGCACGCGAUGACCGGGGAGAAGGUGGCAGUCAAGGUGAUAGACAAGCGGAAGGCCAAGAAGGACUCGUACGUGACCAAGAACCUGCGGCGGGAGGGCCACAUCCAGCAGAUGAUCCGCCACCCCAACAUCACGCAGCUGCUGGACAUCCUGGAGACGGAGAACAGCUACUACCUGGUGAUGGAGCUGUGUCCCGGCGGCAACCUCAUGAACCGCAUCUACGACAAGAAGCGCCUGGACGAGAGGGAGACGCAGAAGUACAUCCGGCAGUUGGUGCUGGCCGUUGAGCACCUGCACAGGGCGGGUGUGGUGCACAGAGAUUUGAAGAUAGAAAACCUCCUGCUGGACGAACAGGACAACAUAAAGCUCAUAGACUUUGGCCUCAGUAACUGCGCGGGCAUCUUGGGAUACUCGGACCCGUUCAGCACCCAGUGUGGAAGUCCGGCAUAUGCCGCCCCCGAGCUGCUCUCCAGGAAGAAGUACGGGCCGAAAGUGGACGUCUGGUCCAUUGGUGUGAACAUGUAUGCGAUGUUGACCGGGACGCUCCCGUUCACCGUGGAGCCCUUCAGUCUCCGAGCCCUGCACCAGAAAAUGGUGGACAAGGAAAUGAACCCACUACCUCCUUCGCUCUCCACAGCUGCCAUCUGUCUUCUGAAGAAGCUUCUUGAGCCAGAUCCCAACAAGCGUCCCAACAUCCAUCAGGUGAUGGCCGACUCCUGGCUACAGCUGGCCAACAAGAACACAGGGGCACCGUACCUCAACAGGAUCCACAUUGAGGAAAUCAACCACACGGUGCUGCUGCACAUGACGGAGAAAAUGACCUACAAGCACAGCGAGGUCCUGAGCGCCGUCCUCACCAACCGCGCUUGCCACACUUUGGCCGUCUACUUCCUCCUCAACAAGAAAAUGAAGAGACUCUCUAAAGAGUACAGGGAGAUGCAGUUCCAGGAGAAAAAGAAAGGAGAGAAGCAGAAGAGCGAAUACUUCCAGACCCAGUGGAGGAAGCACGUCGACAAGCUCACCAUACCUCCGAAACAGACGCCCGUCUACCUGGCUGUUAGCAAGGGGCCCAGUAAGGAGAAGAAACACCGGACAGGUCUUUUGCGAGCCAUAACUGGUGGCCAUCGUAAUUCACCUCUGGCACCACCCGGCACCGUCGCCUCCUCCUCUAUGGAAUAUCUUGAGAUCCAGCCGCUCUUCCACAACACGCCCCAGCAGCGGAGGCGACUGGCCACCCUGCCCCAAGUCAACACCAGCCCAGAGCACAACAUUCCGGCUCCACCAGCACCGUCACCGAUCGGCAUGCAUUCCUUCGGCUCCCUCUCCAAAGCCGAGCAAAUUGAAGACACCCCCACGUCACCCUGGUACAAGCUGACCAACGGCACCCUGUCCCCACCCCGCCACGUGUCUGCCUUCCAACCAGACUCCUCUUACCUGAAAAAGGCCACGAUCCCCAGUCCUCCGGUCCUCAUUGUCAACCCGCAGCCCAAGAAGAGCAUCUCAUCCGACUGGUGCGGUUCUUCCGACACCAGUGGCAGCCCUCCCAGCACCGUAGGGAGCCCCCCAGGUAGUUCGGCAUUCAGCCCUCCGAAGUCUGCCUUCAGUCCCCUAAACCCCACGUCGGCAUUCAGUCCACCUUCCAACAGCGGCAGCAGUGAUCCCGAGAGCCCAACGCACCGCAGCAAGUUCCCCUCCAUGGGAAUAGGACAGAUCCUAAAGAAGAAGGUCCAGCUGCAGCCGUUCUCCUUCCGGCCAGAGCAGGUCGUCGAGGAAGUGGUGUCCCCACCUCCCUAUCCAAUGCAGACGCUCCUCUGUGCCUCGGGCGCACUCAAGACCCUCUGCUGAGGGGACGCAACACGAACAGAAAACGAAAGCAAAGACAGACUGACCUCGAGGCCCCUUCUCAACACUUUUGUUGAAGUUGGAGAGGUCUUCCAGAGUGGCCUUUUGAACUGUGAACUGUCCCUUUUGUUAUUACUGAGCCACUUUUUUUAAUGACAGACUUUUUGAUCCCUUCAAAUUUGAAAAAGAAAAGGAGAUCGAGUGAGAGCGUAUAAUACACGCGGUCGCUCGUUACCGCUCCCGUUAUGUAAUACGAGGCGGUGACAACUGAGAAGAUGAGAUUUAAAACUGAUCCAAGGGCGACGACUAAACCUGGACGGUGUCCCAGAUACGGAGUGGACAUCGUGUAACGCGGGGCCUUGCCAGCAAGUUGUACAAACGUGCGCGCGCACACACACACACACACACACACACACAAAACUCUGUAUUAUACACUGAGUCGACACAUACUCUCUCAUGUAAUAUUGCUGUUGUUGUAACUGGUUACUAACUGAGCCGCAGGCUGAUUCACACCAGCUAACAGUCCCCAACGCUUACCCUUACCCUGACUACAUGUAUAAAUGUUUUGUCUGUGUGAAAAACUCGUGAUGAUACCCACCGACUUCCAGCCGGCUGGCACCAUAUCCUCAGUGCUGACUGGCUGUAAAAAAAAAAAAAAAGAAAGAAGAAAAAGUAAAAAAAAAGAAAAGCUCACUGCACUAUUCUUGAAAACCAAAACCUGUGCUAACAACGGCGUCGACCAUCCUUUUACCUCGCUGCAUUAUUCAUACAUCAAUGUGCAACAGCAGUCGAUUGUGACAUGCGUGUGUGGACUCUGCCGCCGUGUUGCAGCGUCUUGAGUGUCGGUGCCAUUAAGAGUCUGGACACCCUGAUAGUGGUCGUUGGCAGCAGGAAGGAGAGUAACGCUGUCACUUUUUUUUAAUAUCACUCUCGUAAACUGUCCCUCAACACAGAUGAGAAUUCACGAGAAGUGUUGCAUCACUUCUUGGACCCAGAGGGAACCUCAAACUGUAAACGUCUUAGCUAUGACGCUCUCCCGCAGCAGGAUGUGUGUAUUUAUAGUCAGUUUUGGAAAAAAAAUCAAAUAAAAAAUCAAAAACAAAUAGAGCAUCAAAGGCCUUAUGAAACUGAUCGGCCUCGCCGAAAGGCUGAGGCGCGUGAGAAGGUGGGAAGAACACUCGGAUGUACUAUCCAUGGAAAGGAGUUUUUGUACUUCCUUUUGUCUUAAUACUGUAGUUCGUGCAAUAGUCUUAAAUGUUUAACUGCAAUGACGAGUAUUUGCCAAGAGCUCUCUGAGAGUUAUGUGAAAAUUGUGCUUGUAAAUCACAGUACGGCUCCUGUGCUCCUGUCACUAACGCAACUUAGUUGCUCUAAAAAAAAAAUUUAAAAGCUGUGACUGUACGAAAGAAGCUUCCACAGGCGCACACACACGGCUUCUCACUGUUAAGAUGCUGUAGAAAAUCUCUUCCUGUCCAAAACGAAAAAGUUGCAUGCAAUGUUUCACGAGUCGGAUCCGUAUUGUCAACAUUUGAAAUUACGUCUUUGUACCCUUUUUUCCCCCCCCCGGUUGACACUGAGAUUGAUACAGACUCGGGUGGGGGGGGGGGCUUUUAUAAGAUUUUGUAUUGGAUGUUUUUUUGUUUUGGAGUGUCAAGAGAUUUCUAUGCUGUAUAAAGUAUUUUAAAUAUUAAUACUGAA